CGUAAAUAAAACCAAUUAAGGGAAUGUCCACUUCUAAAUAAUUUCCUUGAGUUAUAAUAACUUAAUAAGAGGCUAAAGACCAAAGCUAAGCCGUGUUGUCUUCUGCUGUAAAACUCAAAGACGACAAAGAAGUUAAAAACCUCUCUAAUUAAUCAGAAGGUUUUGCAAGUAGAAUGGUGAACUCUCGUACGAUCUACGCUGCGGUAGCGAUUCUCAUGAUCGUGAUCGCGGCAGUUGAAGCCGGCGGCUACGAAGACGUCUUGGGGUUCGUAGUCCGAACCGGAACCACCUCUAACUGCAAAGGAUCAAUCGCGGAAUGUAUAGCCGAAGAAGAAGAGUAUGAAUUCGAUUCUGAGAUCAGUAGGCGUAUUUUAGCUUCGAAGAAGUACAUUAGCUACGGUGCAAUGAGGAAGAACAAUGUUCCUUGUUCCCGACGGGGUGCAUCUUACUACAACUGCAAACGCGGCGCUCAGGCUAACCCUUACAGCCGCGGUUGCAGCACAAUCACGAGGUGCAGGCGUUGAAUUUGAAUUUCUUGUUUUACCUUUCUCGUUCUUGUGCUUUUUUACUUUGAUGUUUUUUGUUUUCUCUGUUUUGGGAUUUUAUACAUAUAAUAUAAUAUUAACUUACUU